GCCAGAAAGAGGAAUUGCAUUCAUCAUUCAAAACAAAAAGCUGAAGAACCUUUCAUGGCUACCCUUCUUCUAUCAUCUUAUAAAGAAGAAAAACACUUCAUUCAUUCAUUCAUUCACAUCCAACUACACCAUCAAAACACACAGAUACAUAUAUUUUGUUCUGUGUCUCUUCGUGCACCAAGUACACAACAUCAUCAAAAAAUCAUUACUAUCACUCUUACUGUCAUCACUUCAGCAAUGCAGCUAGGAAACUCCAUUUCCAACACCAUGAAGUUCUUGCACAAGACUCUUGAGAACUUCAAGUCUUGUUUCUUUCCCAGAUACCAGAAGCUUCCCAAAACGCCUCCACAAAAUCAGUUCUUGGGCAUGGACAAUAACAAUUAUAAAGACUUGGAAAAGUUCUACAGUGACUUCACCGAGCAAUGGGAUUCAGGAAAAGAGAAGGGUAGGCAAAAAAGCAAGAAGAAAGGCAAAGAGGUUCCAAAUGAAAGCGUCGUUGGGUUGAACAAUGCGAGGCAUGAUGAGCAGAAGAUGAAGAAGAGUGAGGAAAGAGAGGAGUGUGAGAAGAAAAAACAGAAGGGGUUAACCAAUGAAAGGGUGAAUCAGAAGAAGGAUUGGAGGGGUAAUGGAAAUUAUUGCAUGGUGGAAAAGAAGCUUAGAGAAAUGGAGAUGUUGGAGAUGAGUGAUGUUGAUUAUGUACUUGACAUCGAAGAGGUUCUGCAUUACUAUUCUAGAAUCACGUGUCCCAUGUAUCUUGAAAUUGUGGAUAAAUUCUUGGUGGAAAUGUACUCUGAGUUCAAUUCUUGUUGUUACACCUCGUAAUCGUGGUAUUAAAUCUGGGGUGAAGUGAGGUCUUAGGUUUCAUGACUUUUGUCUUGUUCUUUAAUGUUUCUGUCCAUUUCGUUUGUUUCUAAAAUUCAAAUUAACUGUUGUUGUUGUUGUUGUUCAAUAUCUAUUUCGUUGAUCAAUCAGCAAAGGAUGAAUUUGA